AAAAAAUCAUGGGCUUUGAGAAUUGAAGAACCUCAUGGCUUUCUCUCUCUCACUUCGCUUUCCCUCUGUUAAUUUCUCACUUUCCUAGGGUUUUCGAUUUCUUCUUGCUCAAUUUCCACCCCUAAUUCUCAUCUCCCCGUAAUCGCCUCCCUGGAAAUUCAGUUCACGAUUCAAGGAAAGCUACGGUUUCGAAAUUCGAUCUUUUCGCAUUUGAAAGUUGAAGCGGUUUUUGCUUCGAAUCUGAGUUUUUUACUUGGGUUGAUCUGCUAUGGAUUCGCGAGAUUCCUUGUCCGCUUCAGCUUCCGAUGUCGGCAGAGAUGGUUCCGCUUCCGACGAAGACUCCGUUCUUGUUGUUACCUCCAGACUUGCUAAGGACGCUGUUCUGUAUUUCCAGUCCGGCAAGUUCUCUGAGUGUAUCGGUGUUCUGAAUCAGCUCAAGCAGAUGAAAGAGAACGAUCCCAAGAUUCUUCACAAUAUUGCAAUUGCGGAGUACUUUAGAGAUGGCUGCUCAGUUCCUACGAAGCUGCUGGAAGCCCUUAACCGUGUCAAGAAACAGAGUGAUGAGCUUGCUCGUGCAACCAGAGAGCAAGUUGAUGCUGCCAACCCUGGAAAUAAAACUGUGGGGACAAAAGAGAGUAGCACAAAUGGACAAAGUUCUAGCACUUCUUGCAAUGAUGAAUUUGAUAAUACUGUGACAGUAUUCAACAUUGCGAUUACCCGGUUUCAUCUGCAUGACUAUGGAAAAGCGUUAUCAAUUUUAGAACAUUUGUUUCAGAAUAUCGAGCCUCUGGAUGAGACGAUUGCUCUUCAAAUCUGUUUUUUGUUGCUCGAUGUUGCAUUAGCUUGCCGUGACGCUUCAAAGUUUGCGGCUGUGUUAAACUACAUGGAGAAAACUUAUGGUGUUGGCUGUGGGAGUCAAGUUGAAAAUGGAAACUCUGUACAACUUUCUACAAACCAGGUAUCGAAAAUAGCCUCUCUCCAAACAAGCUCGUUGGCCUCAGAUUCUGCAAAUUCUGAUUUAGCAGCUGGUGAAAGUACGUUGUCUAGAAGUUUGUCAGAGGAAACUCUAGAAUAUGACAAUGGGCUUGCGGAAAUUGGGGAGCAAAGCUUGACUAAGCAAGUUGACCGUUUUCCUGCAAACAAUGUUGUCAAGGCCAUAGGUGACAGAUCGAUCUCCGCUGUUGAUCUGAAGCUCGAGUUGCAGCUUUACAAGGUUCGGUUCUUUCUUCUCACCAGAAACUUGAAACUAGCCAAGCGGGAGGUCAAACACGCAAUGAACAUUGCUCGAUCAAGGGACUCAUCUGUGAACAUUGAUCGAGGAAGGGACUCAUCUGUGGCACUCCUCUUGAAAUCCCAGCUUGAAUAUGCUCGUGGAAAUCAUGAAAAAGCCAGGAAACUGGUGUUUGCUUCUGGUGAAACAAAGACUUCAAUCAUGUACAACAACAACAUUGGUUGCAUAGACUAUCAGCUCGGGAAUUAUCAAACUUCUACCUUAUCUCUUUCCAACGCUUACCGUGCUUGCCUGUCACCUCGCAAAGAGAAGGCUACAAAGUUACUCUCUUUGUCACAGGAUAAGUCUAUGUUGGUAACAUAUAACUGCGGUUUGCUUUAUUUGGCUUCUGGGAAGCCUGGAGUCGCUGUUCGGUGUUUCGAGAAGGCAACCUGUGUUUUCAGAAAACAACCUCUCUUAUGGCUCCGGAUUGCUGAAUGCUGUCUGAUGGAUUUAAAGAUGCGUCUUUUGGAAAAAGGAAGAUCGGAAAUUAAGGUUCAGGUUUAUGGGAAAGGAAAAUGGAGACACCUUCUGAUUAAAGAAAAGGAGCGUGUGGAAGUUACUUCCCCUGAUCAAUCAAAGCUUUCAUUGAUCAACGCUCGGGCUUAUCUCAAGAAGGCUUUGCGUUUGCUAAACAAGUCCAGCGUCAACGGGUCUAAGUCAGACCAUCAAGUGGAACCUUCCUCGGUGAGAAAAGAAUCCAUAGAAGAGUCAUCCUCAGAUCCAACUGGUAUGGCCUUGGGUUCAGGUCAAGCUAACACGAACACCAGCAUGAAAGAAACGAAAGGAGGAACUAACCAAGACAUGAUUCGGAACUCCCUCUCGUUGUACGAAGAUGUCCGUGCUCGGGAGAACCACAUGAUGAAGCAAGCCCUUCUCGCGAAUACGGCAUUCGUCGAGCUGGAGUUGGAAGAUUACGUUAAAGCAUUACCCGCAGCGAAAUCCCUCUUGGAACUUCCGGAAUGUUCCAAGAUUUAUGUCUUCCUGGGUCAUAUAUAUGCCGCCGAGGCUCUCAGCUUACAGAACAAAGCAGAAGAGGCUGCUAAGCAUUUAUCGGUCUAUCUCCACGGGCAGGACAGCAUCGAACUUCCUUUCAUCCAAGAAGACCUUAACCAAUGGCGCUUUCACAGAAGUGUAGAUUGUGAAGAACGGAAGGAUUCUUCCACGGGAGAAGCUAAAGAUAAUACCGCCUUUCUCAGCCCAGAAGAAGCCCGUGGGUCAGUUUAUGCGAACCUAGCCGCCAUGCGCGCGAUACGAGGAGAUUUUGACCGUGCUCAGCAAUUGGUAUCACAAGCACUGUCAAUUUUACCGAACAACGUGCAAGCUACUCUUACCGGGAUAUACAUCGACCUCAAGCUCGGGAAGACGCAAGAUGCUGUGGCUCGGUUAAAACAGUGUAACCGCGUUAGCUUCCUUCCGGCCAAGUUAGAGUUGAACAGAAAUUCGUAGAUGCUGCUUCAGGUAUCAAUGGUUGUUUUAGCAAGUAGAAGAUCUACAGAACGCCAGGGAAAUAAGUUUCUACCGCAAUUUUUUUAAUCGCCAAUAAGACCGGACAUGCAAUUCUUGAUUUGGAUUCACGUGUCAUAGAGAGGGCUAAUCGGUUUCUCUGUUCAAGAACCAGUAGAGAGAUUUCGUGCUUUUGCUUAGAUUUUUUGGAACAAGUUUAUCGUCGCCUUCUAGAGUUUUAGCGUCCAUGUGUAUGGUCUUCCCUUCACUUGUCGUUUUAACAUUUUAGGCGGUCUAUGGUCCAAAUGGUUUCGUAUC